AUGACGGUGCUGGUUGCAGUGUGCACGCUUAGCGCUGCCAGCCAGUGUAAAGAGGCCAGAGAAUCUGGACAAUCAGACAGCUCCAGCCAACAGGGGGACACAGACAUCAAACCACCGCCCAAUGGGCACCUGAGUUUCCAGGACUGCUUCGUCACCUCAGGGGUGUGGAACGUGGCAGAGCUGGUCAGAGUGUCACAGACACCUGUAGCCACGGCGUCAGGUCCUAACUUCUCGCUGGCUGACCUGGACAGCAGUCCCAGCUACUACAACAUCAACCAGGUGGCUCUGGGGCGACGCUCCCUCACUUCCCCUCCUUCCACCAGGUCUGAGGUGGAGUUGUACGCAAACCUUCCACGGAGCUCCACCAAGAGGAAGUCAUUAGACGACAGUGAGCUGGAGAGCCCCACAGAUGAUGUUUUCUACCCUGGACGCUCGCCUGCUGCCAGCUCCUCCCAGUCCAGUGCGUGGCCCAACGACAUGGAUGCAGUGCAGCACCAUUUGGCGAGUGUGCAGGAGAGGAAGAUAAAACAUGAAAACGAUGGCGUGCAGUUUCCUUACCAUGGACUGUCCUCGCCUGGUUCACUUAAGAAGCCGGGGAAGUUUGAUUUCAACGCCCUGACUUCCCAGACGAGGUCCCCCCGCAUGGCGUUCACACACCACCCGCUGCCUGUGCUGGCAGGAGUGAGACCAGGGAGUCCCCGUGCCUCAGCCUCAGCCCUACAUUUCCCCUCCUCCUCUAUCAUCCAGCAGUCCAGCCCGUACUUCACCCACCCCACCAUACGCUACCAUCACCACCAGGACCCGCUUAAGGAGUUUGUGCAGUUUGUGUGCACCGACGGCACAGGACAGCCCAGCACACAGCCUAAUGGAGGUGGCCAGAGCAAAAUGCCGGGCUCCUUCCUGCUGCCCCCGCCACCCCCGGUGGCGCGCCCUGUGCCCCUCCCCAUGCCCGACUCUAAAAUCAUCAGCACGCCCACUGACGGCGGACUCAGCUCACCCGCAUCUCCGUCAUACUCCACGCCAGGCUCCACAGCUCCCAACCGGUUUGUCGGCAUCGGAACACGGGACAACUUUCUGAAUAUCCCCCAGCAGACUCAGUCCUGGUUCCUCUGACAAGGCCUCCCUGAACCAAGAGCUUAACGUGUGUCAUAAAAAAUUGAAAUUUGAUAAACAAACACAUCACCGCUGAUUAAGAACAGACUGCUGACACUAAAAGGUCUUUUUCUCUAGCCAACACUAUUCAAAGUACUACUACAGAACUCCAAAAAGCCCCACACCACCCCAAAAGGACUCCCAAUCCAACACAAUUUGAACAGAAACGUUCACCCACCCCCCCUUUAUGCAGGAGGCUUCAAUGAGAUUGAGUGGACAGACUCAGAAUGCAAGGAGAAGGAAGAUGAUGAACUGUCUCACACACACCAUGAAACGUCA